AGUCCAUUCUGUACAUUGCGCGCGACCACGUUACACUUUUUUCGAGUCUCGGUAUUCCCGGAAGAGCACCGUAGACAACCGCCGCCGCUCCCUCAUCGCCAUUCACAGGCGCGUUCUUCAGCGUACUAGGAGCAGCAAAAAGCAGUAGAGAUGGCGGAGCAGGAACCUACCCCUGAGCAGCUGGCAGCGUUGGCGGCAGCGAACGAGGAGGAGGGGGGGGUGAACUACAAGCCCCCCGCUCAGAAGAGCCUGGCGGAGAUCCAGGAGCUGGACAAGGAUGACGAGAGUCUGCGCAAGUACAAGGAGGCUCUGCUGGGGAACGCCCAGGCAGCUGCUGUAGACCCCAGCGCCCCCAACGUGCAGGUGACGCGCCUGACCCUGAUGUGUGAGACCGCCCCCAACCCUCUGACCCUUGACCUCCAGGGUGAUCUGGAGGCCUUUAAGAAGCAGUCCUUUGUGCUGAAGGAGGGAGUGGAGUACAGGAUAAAGAUCAGCUUCAAGGUGAACAAGGAGAUCGUCUCCGGGUUAAAGUACGUCCAGCACACCUUCAGGAAAGGAGUGAGGAUUGACAAGUCGGACUACAUGGUGGGCAGCUACGGGCCGCGGCCAGCUGAGUACGACUUCCUGACCCCGCUGGAGGAGGCACCCAAGGGCAUGCUGGCCCGCGGCACCUACAACAUCAAGUCCAAGUUCACCGACGACGACAAGCACGACCACCUCUCCUGGGAGUGGAACCUCAACAUUAAGAAGGAGUGGAAGGACUGAGACCGCUGCACUCGCACGCCCUCCCUCCCUCUUUUUCUUUUCUCCCCUUGAGAUGAGAGGUGGAGAACUCCUCUCUCUACCUCCUCAUCUUCUCUCUAUCCCCUCUUUCCUUCUUCUCUUUCUUUCUUUUCCUCUCCUUUUUAUUAUUUUGGGAUUCUCGAUCAAAGCCGUUGAUAAAGUGAUGAAGGGUCUGUCUCUCUCCGUCCUUCACCCUUUCAUCCUCUCAUUCCCAUCACUUCAUCAUUCCAUUUCUUCUCUUAUUUUAUUCCUUUCUAAUGAGUAUCGAGUCUUGACAAUAUAUUUGUAUGGAGACAGCAAACAAUGUUCACAAUCACGGUUUUGCGUGUCGACUUGUUUGUAUAUAAAAGAAGAAAAAAACAAACACAAAAACAAAAAAAAUAUUGAUCUGUUGAUGCUCUUUAUAUGAAUAUUACUGGAGUUUAGAUAUGUGAAUUUCAUUGUCCUUUUCUCCUCAUUCAUUCCCCUUUUCAGUUUUGCUUACCUGUUUGUCUGAAUUUUAUAUAUGACCAUGUUCUGCCUUAGAGAGAGUAGUAACCAUGGGCGACGCUGUUGUUGGCCCAUGUCCAUGGUAACUGGUAACUAGUUCUAGAACCUGUCUGUGGAUGCUAUAACGUUACCCAGGAAACCAGCCAGGCCUCUUGUACAGAAACACUUCUAGGAGUUUCACACCUGUGGCUGUUUUGUACUGAUGUUACCUAUAGCCAAUCAGAGGCCCUCUAGCACGCUGGUCAUGGUGUGGGCGGGACUUGCCCCUCCCUCAUCCUGAAGCCUUGUGGCCUUAUAGGUGGAAUCUCGGCCGACUGUCCUUGAUUCCUGCCUCCCCACCUGCUUCCUUAUCUCUGUUCAAACCAUCAGAAGAUAGGGUCUGAGGGGAGGAUGCGAGGAGAGAGUGUUGAGACUAAGCCCAAGUGCAGCUGGUAUAGCCACGUAGCUAGAGCCUUCCCAGUCCUGACAGACCAGAAAGCAGAGACAGAUGAGGUUAGACCACUGCACCACUAGGCACCUAGGAACCAGAGGACACCGGUUUUAUAACCUUGGGUCACCGAGGAGGGUGGAGUUAGUACCUUUUCAAACUUAAAUCGCUCAAAACAGGGUAAACCCCACCCAUGGGGGCUGGACCGUGACACAUAAUGCUAGCCCUUAUUCUCUGGGGGUGUAAUUCCACCGUCGGGUGGUUUUGUUUAUGACUUUUAUGUCACAGUUUGAUCACAUUGCUAGCUACAUUGUUCAUGUUGAGGAACUGACUCAGAUUAACCUCAUCUAUUGUGGUCAAAAGUCUUCUAACCAGACAUCAAUGUUGUCAGGUGACCCAGACUGCCUCAGAAGAAGGCUGUGUGUGUGUGUGUCAUCUGGCUGUGAUGAAUUCCACACAACGGCUGUCCCAGAACUCCCCUUUAUUCCCCCUCUGCUGUAGAACAUCCAUCAAUGUCUGUGCCUUUUAUAUAACAGCUACCCUCUACACACACAGACACUGGCCUGGGCUGUACUCUACACAUGCAGCCCUGAACUUUGACCCCCGCGUAAAUACGCACAGGCCUGUACUUCACCCAAUAGGCCCUCUCCAGGUUUCAUAUUUUUAUACACUCCAGCGUCAUGGUGACGUGUCCCGUAGUUCAGCUGGUUAGGGGGCGGUCUCACAGUACACCGAAUCAGGUAUCCAUGACGAUGUUUUCUCCGGUUGGGAUUCUGUCUGUGUACGUUGUUUGUACCAGCUGGAAGAUGUCUGCUCACCGUGUCGACAAUAAAGUGUUGAGACCCGAA